CGAUGGUUCCGGCCACCACCCGCCAGUGUUUGCUCGGUCCGCACACUUUACGCUCGAAGUAAGAUUCGGUCCCCCGAAACCCGUGGUGCCCGAGUGGCCCUUAAAGGGCAGUGGGUGACGAAAACGGAAGCAAGAAAAGGUGUAAAUUGUCAACCGGUUUCGGUGCGGCAGCGUGAGAAGCGUGCCGCGUGUUAAGUGGCGUUAAGAAAGUGUGCCUGUGUGGGUGUUUGGCCGGCCGCCGUUCGGAAGACAACGGCAGGAUAACAAUAAUGGUUGGCCCGUGGAUUAAGUGCUCCCUGUAGGCGCUGCAGCGGAUCGUUUAGCACCGGGGCAGGACCGGGGUUUAGGAUGAAGAUUUUUUAAGAGAAUAUGGAUCGUUUCGACACACGAGAACUAUGAAGCAAAUUGCGGUUGUGAUGAUUCUUCUCAACAUCAGCUAUGGUCAGUUCACGCGCUCGCAGUCGGUCGACAUCGACGAGCCGCACACGUACACACCACCGAGGCACUACUUCCAGACGUCGUCCUUCGACGAGACGGAGCUGGACGACGAAGCGCUCGCCCGGAACCCGCUCGACCGCGGGCCGUACUUUGACAUUUCCGCCUCGCGGAACGUGACAGCGCUCGUUGGCAACACGGCCUACCUGAACUGUCGCGUGCGUAACCUUGGCAACCGCACGGUUUCCUGGAUCCGGCACCGCGAUCUGCACCUGCUGACGGUCGGGAAGGCAACCUACACCUCCGACCAGCGGUACCAGAGCGUGCACAAUCCCCAGCUGGACGACUGGUCGCUGAAGGUCCUGUACCCGCAGCAGCGGGACUCGGGUGUGUACGAGUGUCAAAUCUCCACGACGCCUCCGGUCGGCUACUCGAUGACGCUGGCAGUUGUGGAACCCAUAACGACGGUCGUCGGGGGACCGGACCUUUAUAUAGACACCGGGUCGACCGUCAACCUGACCUGCAUCGUGAGACAUCUUCCCGAGCCACCGCCCCUGAUCCAGUGGACCCACAACGGCGAGGAAAUCAACUACGAUUCGCCCCGGGGUGGCGUGUCGGUGAUCACGGAGAAGGGUGACAUCACGACCUCCUACCUGCUGAUCCAGCGGGCCCGUUCGUCUGAUUCCGGCAAGUACACGUGCCUGCCGUCGACCGCCAACCCGAUGACGGUGCACGUCCACGUGCUCAACGGCGAACACCCUGCGGCGAUACAGGGCACCGACCGGCAGCGGGCCAACCUGAUCCUUCCCAUCGUUCUGGCGCUGGCACUGGCGCUUCUUUCUCGGGCGGUGACCCGCGUUUCCGACGUCGGCGCGGUACGGUAAACUCUUCGGAGCAGUCACGGGCACAUCCUGACGAGGGUUGAGUGGCGCGCCGAGUGCGACUUACGGUUGCGUUUCACCGCACUAGCACCGUACCGAGAGUUUACAUUCGAUUAGAUGUAAAAUACAGUGAUGCUAAUUGACGUAAAUAGUAGUAAGGCGUCGGGUGAGUCAGCCAGAAGGACCCAUGUCCUUCCGGUCGAGUGUAAAUAUUGAACGAGAACCGAGCGGCGAGUGUAGCUAAUGGAAAAUUACACGUAAGGAUUCGCUCAACAAAUCACGUUGAGCCCGCACGGGGCGGGUGAGAGAAAGAGAGGGCUCGAGUAGAUGGACUUCCGUUUCGAUUGCCAAACCCACCACACCCCCACAGUUUGUUGAUCUUACGUUCGAACCAAUGGCCCCGUUUGUAGUGCAGCGUGGGGCAAAAAACGCUAUCCCUGAUCCUGAUUCAUGAUGCAUCGUCAGCGGUCCGAUCCGCCUUGCCCGCCACCAUACACGCAUUCAUCAUGCUGCUCAACGAGAGCUGCCUGUCGGUCUACUGCUGUCUACGGUCCAUACACCGUGCCCGUGGCCGCGGACCAAGACAGAUGAGGUUCGUUCAUCUUUGACAGGAUAACGCCGACGGUCCCGGCGGAUGCGGAUGCGGCAUAAACCCGGUGUCUCCGCGCUCCCGGGCUUCGCUUCGCCCACUCAGUGGCUCGGAGCGAUGGCGAAUAAAAUAAAAUAAUUUAUCAACCGGCGCGCGCGGCGUGCGGUCAGGAAGCGGCUCCCCCCCGAAAGGGCUGCUACUUCA